UUCUUCUUCUCCUCUCUCUGUGCUGCCCUGCUCAAUCCCCCUUUUCAAUCCGAUCUUUUGUCGUCUCUGGAAUGCCAUGGUCCGCUCCCUUGCCUAUCUCCAAGUCUACUUAAUACUCGCUUCAUCGCAUGGGUUCAUGGUCUGAAAGACUGUAUCAGCAAGCUUAUCGAUACCUGCCACCAAUCUACUCGCGCGACUUUGCUUAUGCCAACAACGCGCCCGUAGCACUUCGUAUGGCCAGAGCUAACGUCAGCGACAUCACUGCAAAGACCUUUGCUGAGCUCCUCUCUGGUCCGACAAUCGACUUUUAUGUCGGUUCAGAGCGUCGGCAUUGGUCGCUGCAUCGCAAUCUACUAUGUCACCAUUCGCCGUACUUCGAGUCCGAAUUUCUCGCCAAUGAGUCGCCAAAGUCGUCCAAGAAAUCCGAACUCGAGUUGCCUGACCAAGACCCUGUUGGCUUUGAGCUGCUUGUAAAAUGGCUGUAUCAGGGUACUUUGGAUGAUACGUCAGACAUGACGGAUGAGAAAAAGUACGACUACUCAGUCGCAUGCCACAAACUAUACUUGCUAUGCAACAAGUUCGAUCUUCCCAUCCUGAGGAAUGAGUCUAUCGAUCGCUACAGGCAGGGUUUACUCGAAGCUCAACUCGUACCGGACGCCGAAGAGAUCAACGAGAUCUACCGCAGCUCUCCUCCAGGCUCGCCUUUCCGAAAGCUCAUGGCUCAGAUCGCUGCUCGCCAGAUCAUGGAUCCAGACAGUGAGAAGAAUGCUGAGAGCUAUCGAAACUGCUUCAACGACAACCCCGACUUCGCAGUCGAUAUGGUCAACGCCAUCAAGGCCGGUACUGGGGGCUUACUGUUUGACGACCCUACAGAUGGAGACGAUGCUGCAUACCAUGAGGACCCAACCCCACGUCAGAAUGUUAAAGGCAAAGGUCCUGCAUCCAAGUUGACGCCAACCUCUCCCAGACGACGAAGAUCAGAAUCUGCAGACGCAGGCGCGGAGCGACUCUCCGAUGGAGAACGAAGACGUGAUUCUGGGCACUCAAAACGAGACUCAGGACUUCCCACACCACCAGACUCGGCUCGACGAGACAACGGAUACGGAGUCCGACGAUUCAAUGGAACCAGCAGAACCAUUGCCAAGAGUCCUAUUACAGGAGAAAGAGUCGAACCAAACAACGUCAACGGAGACGCAGAAAGUCCCUCUCGAAAGAAGCCAAAGAAGCUUGUCAUACGUGGAGGCCCUCCGUCGCCGCAAAGAUAGAGGGCAGCUUGAUUCACGCGGCCUAUGGGACUACUGGAACAACAUGGCCAUGGGAGCCAAUUGAUGAUUUACGAUACACCCGUUUCUAGGAACAUCUGGUUGUUCUAUUUAAUGAUGCUUAAUUUACUGCCUUUUCUCUGAUGUUGACUAAACAUUUCCCCGCACAAUCUUUCGGGACAUUGCAUGAGCCCUGCUUGAUUUGUGUACCUCGAAGGAUCAGGUACUACCAUCAAUGUAAUCUUGGUGCUUUGAAGCUCUCAAGUGCAUCCAUAUCUCACACCGCCUCU